AUGGGAAAAGGAACCGAUAAGCUUUACAUCACACACUCCGAGUGGGCAUCUGAAGAUGCUUUCUCGGCCAGUGCUGGCGCUGGAGUUUCCAAGGCCAAGAAGGGCGGUCCCCACGCCGCGUUCAAGCGCUUGCCGUUCAAUUUCUGUUCCCUCUCACUCCAACCAUUUUCACACCCGGUUUGCACGCCCACAGGAACGCUCUUCGACAUCACAAAUAUUCUGCCAUGGAUCAAGAAGCAUGGGACCAAUCCCGUCGACGGGGCCCCGUUGAAAAGCUCGGACUUGAUUAAGUUGACUCUCGCGAAGAACGAGGAUGGCGACUACGUCGACCCCGUGACCUACAAGAUUCUGACAGAUAAUACACAUAUCGUCGCAUUACGGAAUACAGGGAAUGUAUUUUCCUGGGAUACGGUGGAGCGACUCAACAUCAAGGGAAAACUGUGGCGCGACUUGGUCACAGAUGAGGAAUUCAGCCGAAAAGAUAUUAUCACCUUGCAGGACCCGCAGAACAUUGAGUCGCGCAACCUCAGCUCGUUCAACUACAUCAAGGAGGGAGAGACAGGAAUCUUGGAGGGCCAACAGACUUCUGGGAGCGUCAAUACCAGUGCGCUCGGCAGCUCGGCGAAGAUCCUGAAAGCGAAAGAGGCGGUUGCAAAGGCACGGUCAGAACGCGCUCAGCAGGCUGGUUCUACUGCGGCUGGCUCGAAAACAGUUUCGAAGAGUGGAGCUGCGAAUGUGGCUUCCAAGGUGCAACCGGGAAAGCCAACACCCUACAACGCUGCACGAUUCACUACGGGCAAGGCGGCUGCCUCGUUCACUAGCACAGGUCUGACACCGCACACGUCUGCCGAGCUAGCGGUACUAUCGGAAGAGGAAUACAUGCUCAAGCGGGGGCGCGUGAAAGCCAAGGCUUACGCGCGCAUUGUGACUACCGCCGGGCAUCUUAAUCUGGAGUUGUAUCCUGAGCAUGCGCCCAAGGCCGUGUGGAACUUCAUUCAAUUGGCCAAGAAGGGCUAUUACACAGAUGUACCAUUUCACCGCAAUAUCAAGGGCUUCAUGCUCCAGGGUGGUGAUCCAACUGGUACUGGACGAGGUGGCGAGAGUAUCUGGGGCAAAUACUUUGCAGAUGAAUUCGACGGGCCCUUGAAGCACGAUACCCGAGGCACGCUGAGCAUGGCCAACAAGGGCAAAAACACAAAUAGUAGUCAAUUCUUCAUCGCCUAUCGAGCCCUACCUCAUCUCAACCUCAAGCACACCGUCUUCGGCCGUCUCAUCGACGACCCAACUCCUUCGUCCACUACUUUGAAUAAGCUAGAGAUCCACCCGGUGGAGUCAACUACGAACCGUCCUACCCCCGAUAUUCGCAUCAAGGAAAUCACGGUCUUCGUUGAUCCGUUCGAGGAUUUCCUGACCCAGAAGCGUGCUGAAGAAGCACGGGCUACAGGCGUCACGGGUCCUUCUGCAGAAGAGGAAGAUGAGACUGCUCGCCGUGCGGAAGAUGACCGUAUCACCUGGACUGGAAAGCGAGUCCGCGGUACUGAGACCGACUCGAAUGAUGGCGGUGCCUCGGGUGUUGGAAAGUAUUUGAAGGCAGCACUGGCAGACCGGGAUGGACAGGAAGAAGAUGAGAUUGUGGAGUUCCUGGAUGAGGAGCCUGCGCCUGAGCCCGCUCGUAAAAAGGCCAAGGGGCCUGGAAGCUUUGGAAACUUUAGUUCGUGGGCAUAG